AUGGACACGCCAAACUUUUAUUGUUUUUGUGGAAAUGUUCAUGUUUUGACUGGUGCUCGUUUAAUUGGAGCAAUUGGUUCCUUAACAUGUUCAUUUUUAAUUUCAUUUUUAUUGUCAGAACAAUCUUUUUGUGGAAUUUUUGUAUGUAAAUAUGUAUUUGCUAUGUUUUGUGUUCCUUUUGUUUUACUACUUUUUGCUGACCGUCAACGAUGCUCUAAACUUUAUUUGCCUUUUUUGUUAUUAAAUGCAAUUUUAAUUUGUUUGAAUUCUCUAUAUCUUUUAUUUAUUGGAACAAUGAUGAUUUGGAUGCCUUAUUUUUGGAAAGAACAUUUGGAAUUAUCUCUUGACAUCGAUAACAACUCCCUCCGUUCAAUUACUUUUUUAAUUUUUAUUAUUUUUCUUUUAAUUGAAUUUAUUUUAUUUUGGUGUUAUUCAAUUGUAUCUAAUGCUUACAAUUAUAUGAAUGAAGAUAAAAUUAUUUUAAUUCCUCCACAAAUUUCCACAGAUUUUACAAAAAAACAAAAUUCUCAGAAAAAUAAAAAAUGGAUUAAUUUAACUGAUAAUCGAGAAAGUCAAUUAGCUUAG